AUGUCCAGGAGACGUCACAGCGACUCCUAUGAUGGAGGUCAAGACCACAAGAGGAGGAGAACCAGUGAACCAACUGAUACAAAAGAUAGCCUGGAGUCGCUUAUCUGCAACGUAGGAGAAAAGAGCAAGUCGUCCUUGGAAAGCAACUUGGAGGGACUCACCGGUGUCUUGGAAGCAGACCUUCCCAACUACAAGAACAAAAUCCUUCGGAUUUUAUGUGCUGUGGCUCGCCUCCUCCCCGAGAAGCUGACGGUGUACACCACGCUGGUGGGCCUACUUAACGCCAGGAACUACAACUUUGGCGGCGAGUUCGUGGAGGCUAUGAUUCGGCAGCUGAAGGAGACGCUGAAGAACAACCUCUACAACGAGGCCUGUUACUUGGUGCGGUUCCUAUCCGAUUUGGUCAACUGCCACGUGAUUGCAGCUCCUUCCAUGGUGGCCAUGUUUGAGAACUUUAUCAGCGUCACACAAGAGGAAGAUGUACCUCAGGUCCGGUCCGAUUGGUUCGUUUACGUGGUGUUGUCCUGCUUACCAUGGGUGGGGAAGGAGCUCUAUGAGAAGAAAGAUGUGGAGAUGGACCGACUCCUCAGCCAGAUUGAAGGAUACCUCAAGAGGCGAGUAAAGACUCAUCUCCCUAUGCUUCAGGUGUGGACAGCAGAGAAGCCCCACCCACAAGAGGAGUACUUGGACUGCCUUUGGGCACAGAUCCAGAAGCUUAAGAAAGACCGCUGGCAGGAGCGUCACAUUUUGCGGCCGUAUAUCGCGUUCGACAGCGUACUGUGCGAGGCCCUGCAGCACAACUUGCCACCCUUCACACCACCGGGACACAUGCCCGACGCCCAGUACCCUAUGCCCCGUGUCAUCUUCCGAAUGUUCGACUACACCGACGCACCUGAGGGUCCAGUCAUGCCCGGCAGUCAUUCUGUGGAGAGGUUUGUGAUUGAAGAGAAUCUUCACUGCAUCAUAAAGACUCACUGGCGAGAACGCAGGACUUGCGCCGCCCAGUUACUCAGCUACCCCGGGAAAAAUAAGAUCCCGCUCAACUAUCACAUUGUGGAGGUGAUUUUUGGAGAACUGUUCCAGCUGCCCUCGCCACCUCACAUCGACGUCAUGUACACGUCACUGCUGAUCGAACUGUGCAAACAGCAUCCCGGCUCGCUACCGCAAGUCUUGGCCCAAGCUACAGAGAUGCUCUACAUGCGACUGGAUACCAUGAACACCACCUGCAUUGACAGACUGAUCAACUGGUUUUCCCACCACCUGAGCAACUUCCAGUUCCGGUGGAGUUGGGACGAUUGGGCGGACUGUUUGUCGUUGGAUCUCGAGAAACCCAAACCCAAAUUCGUCAAAGAGGUUCUGGAGAAGUGUAUGAGAUUGUCCUACCACCAGAGGAUAGUGGAAAUCGUCCCGCCCACCUUUGCCACACUCAUCCCGGCCGAGCCAAUCUUCAUUUACAAAUAUGCUGACGAAAGCGCUUCGCUGUUGCCGGGUUACCCCGUCUCCAUCACCAUCGGCAACGCCAUUAAGAACAGAGCGUCCAAUGAGGAGAUCCUCACCAUCCUCAAAGACGUGCCCAACCCCAACCAGGACGACGACGAAGAUGAAGGCGACAGCUUCAACCCUCUGAAGGUCGACGUCUUCUUACAGACCCUUCUUCACCUGGCCGCCAAGUCCUUUAGCCACUCGUUCAGCGCUCUCGGCAAGUUUCACGAAAUCCUGAAGAACCUGACUGAAAGUGACGAGGGUAAGCUUCACAUCUUGAAAGUGGUCUAUCAGGUGUGGAAAAACCACCCGCAGAUGAUCGCCGUGUUGGUCGACAAGAUGAUCCGCACGCAGAUCGUGGACUGCGCCGCCGUGGCCAACUGGCUCUUCUCUCAGGACAUGGCUCACGAGUUCACCAGGCUUUACAUCUGGGAGAUUCUGCACUCGACCAUCAGGAAGAUGAACAAACACGUCCAGAAGAUCCAGAAGGAGCUGGAGGAGGCGAAGGACAAGCUGGAUAAGCAACAAAAUAAGAAGCCGAGGGACAGCGGCGACGAAGAGGACAUGGAGAAGAACAGCGAGGACGAGGAGGGUCAGCUGGAGGAGCAGAUCGAGAGGCUGCAGGAAAAGGUUGAGUCGGCCCAGAGUGAGCAGAAGAACCUCUUCCUUGUCAUCUUCCAGCGUUUCAUCAUGCUGUUGACGGAGCAUCUCGUCCGCUGCGAGACGGGCAGCGUCGACAUCAGCACGCCGUGGUACAAGAACUGCGUGGAGAGGCUGCAAGAGAUCUUUCUCAUGCACCACACGACCAUCCAGCAGUACAUGGGCACGCUGGAGAACCUGCUCUUCACGGCCGAGCUGGACCACCACAUCUUGGCCGUCUAUCAGCAGUUUUGCGCCCUUCAGUUCUGA